AUGGCCACAACCCCACUUUCCAGCUUCCGUUCUCCGGCCGUUUCCCCGGUUGUCUGCUCCGCUUCUUCCCGGUCAAACCACCAGAAAGGAGGAGGAUCCUCCAACUGGUGGACCCCACUCUUCGGGUGGUCCUCCGAUCCGGACUACAUUGUGAAUCCGGGCUCCAAGAACGGCGACCCGGUUCAUCCCCAGAAGGAAGACGGCGUCCAGCGGCCCACCAGAUCUACAAAGUUUGGUGUGGGUUGUUUUACCGAAGAGAAGGCCAAGGAGCUGCGCAAAAAGACAUCGGAGACCUCCAACUUCCACGAUAUUAUGUACCACUCUGCCAUCGCUUCCCGGCUCGCAUCUGAUGUCUAUGGACGUCAAGGCAGCUAA